CAGGAACGUUUUGGUUGGCCCAGCUGGAAGGGAGCAGGGGACGCUGGAAUUGUGAAACAGUUUAUCUGGAUAGAGUUACUCAGCAUUUAGGAGAAAAUAGAUUGAGUAUAGAGGCCGGAAAGAUGUCAGACUGAAAGCUUUUCCUCUUCCGAAGCAGAUUAAUCCUUAAAAAAGAGAAGAAAAAUAUCAUCUAGAAUGCUUCAGUUCGGAAAUCUCUUUGCCCAUUUUCACCUUCCUCACAAAGCUUCCGAAAGUGCUCAAAAAGGAAGCUUAAAGCAGCUUCCGAGCCUUCCAGACUUUUUACAACAUGUCAUAAAACUCACCGGGCUGAGGAAGGAAGACGUACACUGCGAUCUUCGUGUCCCUGACCAGCAUCAAGCCGCCAAAGACGACAUCAACAUGGUCAUCCUGACAGGUCGUGGGAUCUUCUGCAUGGAUGUAAAGCCCUGGAGUGGGACAGUGUGUGCUCACAACCAAAACUGGCAUGUGCAAGUGAAAGACAAAGACGAGAAUUUUUCCAAUACUCACAUUGAACAGGUUGAAGAUCCCCUCAAAGCUGUCACGCGCAAAACGGCUCAAUUAUGCAGUCAUUUGAAGAGGAGCGGAGUGCCUGUACGCAACAGUCUCUUCUUCCCCAGAGUCAUCUUUCUCUCCCCCGACCUCAAGCUGGAUGAGGAGCUGAUGAAGAGAAGGGAGCUGGUACCUUACAGCCAGAUAGAUGAGUUCCUCAAAUCUUUCAAAGAGGGCUAUGUGGGCUGGAUAUCUGAUGCUGUGACUCCCUCCUGGAUCUCAGGUCGUCUGUCGUACAGGCAGAUGGAGUCGGUGCGAGGCAUCCUCAGGAAGAUGGGAACGUGGGACCUGGUGCUUCUGCAUGGUGGCGAGCAACUGAAAGGAGACUACCAGGGCUGCCAGUACAUCGCGCUGGACCGCCAGGACACUGAAACGUUGGAGUUUUCCAGAGUCAAGACCCUCGCUGUUGAGUCAUUGUGGGCUUUGUUAGGCCACGUUCCUCAGGUAACUGUUAAAUUGUAUAAACGAGGCCCUCACGGCUGGCUGGGUAAAUCCCUGAAUGCCACCGCCAUCAUCCCUUCCAACACCUUUGUGAUCUUCAGAGUUAGUGGCGAGGAAUCUGAUGCCAAAAUCCCAGCGAACAUUAUUCACAGCAUCACACUCAGCAUAUGACACGGUGGAGACAAUCAAAGGAUUAAUGGAAGCUUUCUGAAUGAAUAACAUGUGUAUGCAAAAAGAAAAGAAUAUGUUUUUUUUUAUGAAUGAAUGUUUCUCUAUGCAGAUAUGGCACUUUGUUGUCUGUUGCUAACAUAUUCCACGUGUCUUUGUGUGAGCGCACUUUGAAAAAGAUCCCAUUUGCAAUUUUUCCUGCUUAAUUCUGAGAGUGAACAUGAUGUUAAUGAGAUUUUUGACAAUUAGCCUGAUUAACUUUGUCGUGUUGUGAAUUUCCAGGGCCGACCCCCCACUUUGCGCGAGCUGUUAAUUAACCAUUAUUCCUGCCGACUGGGUCACAUCAGUUUGAGCUGUGAGUGUUUAAUGUUCUAAUCGUGGCUGUUAAAACGGGUGGCCUCUGGCUCGAUGAGGAUCCGGGAUGUCAAUGUUUCGGUGGGUUUUUAUAGGAAGUUAUUUACAGACUGUUUAGAGAAAGUAAAUGUUUUUGAUAUCUUAAUGUGCUCCACUGCUCAGAGGAGAUUAUGCAGUUCCAUGGUUUUAUUUUGUAGGCGUGGGAGUUGGGUGGGGAAAUGUGAUGGGGUGGCCUCAAGAUAAUACAGUAAAAUGAACUUUCUGUGGUGAUGGGAUCCCCUUCAGCUAAAGCCUGUCUACUGUAUACUUGUGCAGAUUUUUUUAAUGUGUUAUCUGACAGAGAGUUUAAAAAGCAAAACCACUCAUUUGCAUGGAUUUAGUCUUGGCAUUGGGCAAUUGAAAGCAUUAAGGUAAACCAAAGCUUUUAUUAGUUACUGUAUAAAAAUGCUAAAAUGUUCCUUUGUUUUAAAGUCCUUUUUAUCAGAUGCCAGUGAUGGAGGGAUGGAAGCAUAGAAUAAUUCUAUUCUGGACUUUUCGAUGGUUGUUGCAUGCUGCCAGUCAGCAGCAUGUAACAACCACCACAGCUGUUGCU